UGUGGGAGCGUCGGAAAAUCAUUCCCACCGAUUGCCCCUCGUAAUUAAUUACCUCAGGGCGUAAAAAUGUCGACGACAAAGGCCAAUCCUCGACCCUCGUCCCCCAGGAGAUUUUUCGCGCGUUUGUACGGACACUUGGAGACCAAGGAGGAGGUUCAGAAGCUGGGAAAGGGGAAGAGCGUCGACGACAAGAGCCCUGAGGAUCUCUCGGUGGAGAGGCGUCGGGACGAGUCCCAGGAGAAGAAGAGCCUCGGGGAUGACGACAAGAGGGAGGACGGCAAAUCACUCAGGGCCGACAGCAUCGGCCUACCCUUCCUGCCACACGGGUUUUUCCCCGGAAGUGGCGGACCUCCCCUUCACCUGGCGCAUACCGGUCAUCCGGUUGCUCUGCCACCUCAUCUCCAUGGAAUCGCGGGACAUCCGGCCGUUGAACACUUUCAUGGAUUCUCCGCAGCAUUUCUCGCAAGAAGAAGAAGAAGAGAGGGAAAGCCCAGAAGACAGAGAACAACAUUCUCCGGUGAACAAACAGCGAGACUAGAAUUCGAGUACCACAGGGGCGAAUACAUCUCGCGAGGUCGAAGGUUCGAAUUGGCGUCAUCGUUGAGGCUCACCGAGACCCAGAUAAAAAUCUGGUUUCAAAAUCGAAGAGCCAAGGACAAACGGAUCGAGAAAGCGCAGUUGGACCAGCAAUACAGGAAUUUCGCAGUUUCCAGUGGCCUCGUGAACUUCCCAGUGUACAACAACUCCUUCUGCGGCUUAUGUUUCUACAAAGACAGCAGCAGAGCCAUAGUGGGGUCGCACACAUGCAUUCCCUACCGCCCGGACCCCACGGAGACGAGGAGUGAGGCCCACCAGAGCAGCGAUGCCAGCAGCAACAGCAGUGAAACAUCCGAAAAUCCACCCCUCGCAAUUUCGCCAGUCUAAUUCCCCCCACCAAUUUAUUCCUCCCACGAUCUCCCCCCACGUCUCAACCAAAGACAAUUUUUUAAUCUCCACUAUACAUUUAUU